UACAUAUAUACUUGUGUAUGUAUAUGCAUACGUAUGUACAUGUGUUGAAAAAAUUUUAACAACAUAAUUACCUGCACGUUACAGACGUUAGAAAAAACCUGGCCGUAGAUCAGGCCACAAUUGUAUGCACCUGGGGCUAUGGGCAAGUAUUUAAUAAUAUCUUCGGAAUUUAAAUAUAAUAAUCGACAAGGUGAAACUUCAAAGUUAUUCAUUGCCAAGGAAGAUAGUAUAAGUGAGGAUUUGAUAAGAAACCCGCGUAUCUGCAGCGAGGGAGGGAGAUGUAUGAAUAAUAGGCAGAAUAACAGUAAAAAUCGAUACUCUUGCGCAAAGUUCUUUUUAAAUAAAAACGGAUUAAUCUGCAAGCGCUUGCAGAUCAUCGCCGUCGCAGUAUUCGCAAUGACGUUAUUAUCCUUAACGCGUCUGACCGUCGCGUCGCCAACUCCCUCCCUCAAAAACAGUGGCAAAACAAUAAGCAGCGAGGACAGAAUAAACGGCUACUACAACGAGCCGAUGAUGCUGCCGUACGAUCAAUUCGACGCCGAUGAGGAGCUCUUCUCGAGCGACUACCGGCAGCCCCUAGAAGAGGACGAUCCGACUACCCGCACGGCGGAUCCGGACCCCCUGGACUCCCGGGAGUUGGAUAAAAUCAGGAAGAGCAUCAUGGAGGAUCUGGGACUGACGCGAAUUCCCGACCCUUCGAAGGCGAAUGUGAGCCAGUCAGAGUACGAAAAUGCGCACAGAGAGUACCUGAGUAGAGUGGAAUCGUCCGGGUCAGAAGAUCAGAGAACGAGAAGAAGACUGCACGUCUUUUACCCCGCAGAUCACGUUUUCGAAAACGGGUCUCGGAGGAGUUACAACGGUGUAAUGAAUAACAUAGAGGGCGUAAAUGCCAUCUACUUCCCCGUAGAAAUCCCCGUACAAGAAAACCACGCGGUUGAUCACGCGACGUUGCGGAUACUGCUCGGAUCGGAUUCCGAUGACGCCGAAGAGGAGGUCGAGGUGACGAUAUACCAGCCAACGCGGUCGUCGAGGCGGCCGAUAGCGGUCCAAAAAACGCGGGUGGGUUCGUCGGCGCCGAGAUGGGUGGAGUUCGACUCAACGGAGGCGGUGGUUUCCUGGGUCCACGAGGGCGAGGAGAACCUGGGCUUCGAGGUCGAGGUGAGGCGGCGAGGCUCGUCGCCUUCUAGAUGGAAGAGCGUCGCUCCAGCGGCGUUGAACGUCUUCACGAUAUCGGAUCGGAGCAUCGCGUCCGGCAGCCGAUCCCGCCGAGCGACGCCUGACCAGCUGAUGUCGCUUCACAGAGGCCGGAGGACCGAGUGCAAAGGCCAGAACAAGAAGUGUUGCCGGCACGAGAUGAUCGUCACCUUCAAGGACAUAAGGGGCUUCGAGUUCAUAAUUCAGCCGAAGACUUUCGACGCCGGGUACUGCAAGGGACGAUGUCCGCCGCGUUACAAUCCCGCCCACCAUCACGCCCUCAUUCAGAGUCUGAUAUGGAAGGAGGACAGGAAAAAGGCGCCAAGACCCUGCUGCGCACCGAGCAAACUUACCGAGCUGGAGAUACUUUAUUACAACGAAAACGAUCCGACCAAGCUCAAGAUCACGAACUGGAAAAAUAUGAAGGUCUUAGAGUGCGCGUGUUCUUAGUGAUGCGAGUUUCCCGGAUAGAAUCGGAGAGCGGCGUAGGUACCUACACCUUAUCAAAAACCUUUCGACAUGCGUUAAAACUGCAAGACACGAUAUUAUUAUUAUUAGUGUCAUUAUUAUCAUCAUCA